CCGGGAGGCAGAUAUAUCCCUCUGUGGAUAGUUUGAGCACUCUCUCUUUUUUUUUUGAUCAUCUGCGGAGAGGAGAGUGCCAACUUGUACGCACCGAGCGUCUGUGGAUGUAAGCAGCGGAGCCGAGACAUAAACUGAAAAGUUGCAUUUUGUGAAAAGUCCAACCGACGGCAGCCAGCAUGAAUAAUGGGUCCAACCGAACUAUUCACCCGAGCUGCAUGGACAAACCUCCUGUCGCCAUGGACAUCAUCCUCAAGUUAGACAUCUUUGGCAUCAUCCUGUACUCGGUGCUCACCUUCAUGGCAGCAGUAUCCAUGCUGGUCUUCCUAGAGGAGUGUAUCUACAUCUAUAGGAAAGUUCCUGCUAAUAAGAAGAGUAUAAUCAUCUGGGUGAAUGGGGCAGCACCGGUGAUUGGCACCAUGUCGUGUCUGGGGAUGUGGAUCCCCAGAGCCACUAUGUUUACUGAUAUGACCUCUGCCUGCUACUUUGCCGUUGUGGUGUUCAAGUUCCUGAUCCUGAUGCUGGAGGAGGUGGGUGGCGACGAGGCCUUCCUGAAGCGAGCAGGGAGGCACAAACUGAAGAUCAGCACGGGGCCAUGCUGCUGCUGCUGCUGCUGCCUGCCAUAUGUUGCCAUCACACGGCGCUCUCUCUUCCUGCUCAAACUUGGCUCCUUCCAGUUUGCUGUCCUGAAGAUUGUUUUCACCAUCCUUUCUAUUGUCCUCUAUACCAAUGGGACUUUUGACCUGGCGGACUUGUCCAUUACCGGAGCUGCUAUAUGGAUCAACCCAUUUGUGGGCAUCUUGACAAUCAUAGCCCUGUGGCCUGUAGCGAUCAUGUUCAUGCACCUGAGGACUGCCCUGCGGACCCUCAAGAUCAUCCCCAAGUACGCCAUGUACCAGCUGGUGCUGAUCCUGAGCCAGCUGCAAACGGCUAUCAUCAACAUCUUGGCAUUGAAUGGAACCAUUGCUUGCAGUCCACCCUUCUCUGCCUCAGCAAAAGGAUACAUGAUGAGUCAGCAGCUUUUGAUCCUGGAGAUGUUCAUCAUCACGCUGGUAACACGUCUCCUGUAUCGUAGACAGUACGAUCCUUUACCUGUGGAAGAUGGUAACGACAACGAACACACCAAGAUGGCUGCAAUCCCCGUAUCUGCAUGAGAGCUCAGAAUGUGUGUGUGUGCGUGUGUGUGUGAGCGUGUGUGUGUGAGCGUGUGUGUGUGCGUGUGUGUGCGAGUGUUUGUGUGCGUGCGCGAGUGUGACAUUUGUACUUUGAUUAAGAGAUUAUAUAAGUAAAUAUGAAUAAAUAUAAAUAUGAAUUAUAUGCACAUUUAUCUUGUUGGAUGUUCAUUACGGGUCACAGAUUUGCAAACUCUUGGAAACUGUUUGCACACCAACUGCACGCCCUAUCCAGAGGGAUCCAGUGGAAAUGAUUUACUUAUUCCCACUUUGUGUCAAUUUUUUCUUUUUCUUUUUUUUUGUCAAAACAAAAAUGCCAUGCAUAUACAGUAUAUUAGAGUGUCAUUUGGUAACAUUUUAUUUUACAGGUCUGUAAUUCCCUUAUACUUUGUGAUUUAGUAAUAACUUCAGGGGAAACAGAGAAAAAGUUUGGUGAUACUUUAGUUUGAUGUGCAGUUGUUGAUCUCCACAGAAACUCCUUAAAAGGAACUACUGAAUGUAAACCCCAAAAAACAUUGUUUUAUUAUUAUUUUAUUUUUAGACAUUUUAUCUUCCAUGUAUGUUGAAUUGUAUAUCUAAUUUUACAGUUGUGGCCUACCUGCUGUACGCUGACUAACAGACUCUUUUAAGUGCCAGCUGAAGUACCAAAUCACUUUCCUUUUUCCUUUUUGAAUUACAUAUCAGUUCAGUUAUAGGAAAUUAGGGGAAAUAAUGGGACCGCAAAUAUAAUUGUUUGUAUUUUUGUGAGGUAGUAUCUCAUAAAUGAUGAUAAAACUAUACUUUAGUUUUGCAUUUGCAUUCUGUGUCUCAACCACUGGGUCUUUUACUGUCACUAUUACCAUGCUAUGUGUACAAUGUAAGCAUUUUAAACAUCCUUACAUGAAAUGAAAACACUGUAUGACUCUC